GUAGGCCUCAUCCUCCUGUGUCAGCCUCAAAUUGACCGAGGUCGUGUACUGCGUUUUUCACAGGCUCCAUCCACGGAGCAUCACGCUGACUGACCUGCUGCCAGGAGGAAAUCAGGUCCGACUGAUUCCAUCGCGGGUCUCCCCACUCCUGCCUCUGGCGUGAGCGAGGCCUCGCCUCAGGCCUGUCAAGGCCGCCAUAGGCCUAAGACCUCCGUGCGGACUAGCCUGAGCUGAGCAUGCCUGGUAAAGUCAAAGUUCGGAUUUUGGCCGCCCGCCACCUGCCGGUCAUGGAUCGGUCCUCGGAAAACACGGAUGCCUUUGCCGAGGUCAAGUUCGGCGAGGUCACGCACAAAACGGAGGUGGUGCGCAAGAGUUUGAACCCGCAGUGGAACAGCGAGUGGUUCCACUUUGAAGCGGCUGACGAUAUGAAGCUCCAGGAUGAGCCCCUCCAGAUCCGGGUCAUGGACUACGACACCUAUUCGGCCAAUGACGCUAUCGGCAAGGUCUAUAUUGAUCUCAAUCCGUUGCUGUGGCCUUCGGUGGCCGUGAAUGCGGGUCGAUCCAACCAGGCUUGGUCGGAUUCGUCGACGGGGGGGCUGGUGCAUACCCCGGGGGGGUCGCUCAUGUCGGGUUGGUUGCCCAUUUACGAUACCAUGCACGGCAUCCGCGGCGAAGUCAAUGUGAUUGUCAAGAUUGAGUUCUUCUCCGAUUUCAACCAAUUUCGGCAGUCCUCUUGUGGAGUUCAAUUCUUCUAUAGUCCUUGCGUACCCGAGGGUUAUCGGGUUCAAGCCAUCAACGGAUUCGUAGAGGAAUUGGUGGUUAACGAUGAUCCGGAGUAUCAAUGGAUUGACAAGAUUCGCACUCCCCGCGCAUCCAAUGAAGCUCGUCAAACGCUCUUCAUGAAACUUUCGGGCACUAUCCAGCGGAAAAUUGGACUCAAAGCCUUGGAAUUGGGAGGCAAUGUGGUGGUCGGUUACCAACAAAAGUUCGACAUCGAAGGAGACACGGGCAUUGCCGUGCGUGGCAUUGGAACUGCCAUGAGUUUAGUUCGAGAUGAUCCCGUCACCAUUUCCUCAACCGUUAUGAAUGGCUCGGGCUCAAACAAAGGCCUGUCGGAAAAUCGAGAGUCUGUAGAGCCUCCCUCUUGCUACUACUACCAUGCUAACGAUCAUUUCAACUCUCCGCACCCGAUCAUUGGCUCGAAUCCGGAUCCCAAAACCCACGCUCGAUCUGGCAUUGACGCGACCAUGUCCGAGUUCUGUCUCCUCUCUGCUUCUCCUCCCCAAUUUGAGCCGUUCCAUCACGUGAAAUCCGCCAAGCCCUUUGGGAUCGGGGCGUUUGUGGCGGAGGUGGCCACCAAAUUCGAUAACUCGCAGCAACGAAUCGUUCACCUAAGAUCCGUAUCCUCAGCCGGAUUAAUUUCCCCCAUUUGGUCGUCUCCGACUCAUCCUCAUCGGAGUUCACUCAGGGCGCAAAUGGACAGACAGGUUUCUCCGAAACUUGGUAAUAUCUCCUCGGGAGGAUUCGACUUCCAUGAACAUGAUACUGGAAAUAACGACACUGUCCCUCACCCGAAGAUAAGCAUGGAUGGCUCCACUCGCUCCAUGGAAAAUGGAUCCAAAAGCAUCAUGAUAUCUGGUGGCAGUUCGAGUAACCUGGAACAGCUCAGUAUUUCCCCAAAAGGUCCGAGUAGUGGCGAUCGAAUGGGUACCAAGCUCAACUUGGCUGCAACCAAAUCUGGAAUUCAACUGGAGAAUCAACACGACUUACUGGAGUAUCCGUUUAUCACCCUUCAAAAGUUCCCUCCUUCAUUUAUCAACAAAAUAGGAGGGUUUGUGAGUUGCCGAUCCGUCAAGAUCCUCGAUGGGGUCGAAGAUGACGGCGAAAUUCGUGAAAACUGGUGGAGUGAGAUUCGCCAAGAGAUCAGAUCCCAUGCAAGAUGCCUUGGCUGCAAUAUGGUUGUUGGAUAUUCGGAGGACACGGUGAUUUGGGAUGAUGUGGUCGUUUUGUGUGCCUCAGGGACGGCUGCCUCGGGCAAUUUGCAUUAUAUGCUCGAUUUGGACACCAACGGGAGCAUUUUCGGUCCGGCUUUCCUCAAUAAAAACGAUGUCAACCUCGGAAAGGCGCAAGGCUCGAUUGGAAACGGAGGAGAAGAAGCUCUCCCAAGUUCUGCUUCUUCUGUGCCUAUCGUCAGCAAUGGUUCUGGUGUGUGGGGAGGAUCCUGCUCCUAUGCUCAUAUUCCAUACCUUGAGUACACAUUGCCUUUCACAUCCAAAUGUGGAAAAUGUCAGUGCUGUGGCAAAGGUCGGGUCCCGGAUGUUUUAUUCACGACCAUCGAACCGCCCAGUCAUUUUGACAUCACGGGUCGUGGUUGUUUGAUCCAGGCCAAAGUUCUCCGAUUGAAGAAAGACUUGAAAGGCGAGAGCAAUGCCAAGGAGAUCUCGGAUGCCUUGCCCUUUAUUGAAUACGAAAUCCAUCGACAACUGAUCAACAAGCUCAAAGUCAAGGGCAUGAAUGCACUCUUUGGACUCAAGCUCAAAGUGUCGAUGGGGGACCGAACUAUCAUUGGAACAGCCACCGCGACGGCGUGUUAUAUGACAGCUUUGUCAACACCCAGUAAACCCAAACUGAUUUGCUCCUCGGCCUUUCCCAACGACCCGAACUACCUCCAACGUUGCCAGAAACGGCUAAACUUGAAGAUAGCUGAAAAUGAAAAGUACUACGGCCUCAACCCAAUCAAACGGAUUCCGUCCACUCAAAGCAAUGUAUCCGACCCGGUGGAGCACGAUCAGGAAGAUGGACCCGAGUCAGAGUUCACCUCAGGCAAUAAGGACACUUGCGUUUUGGAGAUUGACGACUCCGAGGACGCUGAUAUCUUGGACAGUCUCAUGGACCCAUAUCCUCCACCGUACGUGCAAGUGUUCUCCACCGAAGAAUUGGUCGGAAUCUCGAAAGGACUUUACGUAGAGACAUGCCAAACGUUCUCACAGGUUUGGCGUGGCCGAAUCCAUCCAUCCUCUAGAGAUCUGUCCUCGGCAUGUCAACGCCUCCUAGCGGCCAUUUACUUCAAGCUUCGACGCCUCCGGCCUUGUAUAGUCAGUCACGUGAGCUUUCAAGCGGAUCUGGAUGAAGAAAAUGAAUUACAGCUCUGCAUUUACGGUACUGCCAUUGGCCUAGGGCAGGACGGAAAAACCCGGGCGGAAAUUGAAGCGGCCCUCAAGCCUCCAGGUGACGGGCAAAAAGACACCUCGCCCACGGAACUGACUGGACGGAACGCGAAUAUCGGUUUGAAUGGGACCAAGACAGUGAACAUGGAAUGCAACCAAAGUUCCUCGGAUGGCGCUUCCGACUCUUCCACCUCCAGUCCCAGCCACUCAAUAGAUAGUCAAGUUGGACGAUGCGAAAUGAGAAUGCCCAAGAGUCAAACUGGAGUUGUGUCCAUUCCAAAAUUCUUUACAAGCGAGACCCACCAAGCUUUGUUCCCGGGGAGCAUUCUAUUGACCCCGUCAUCGUUUGUGCCAGGAGCAAGAAUCGACAAAUACCUGGGAAACCUCAACUUUUUCAUCAUUAGAGAGUCGUCCAGCUUACGAGAGGCUGGUGGACUGAACCAAUUCAUCCAAUCGUUUUUGAGCGAAGUCAAUGCCAUCGUCAGGUCUCACGUUCAUGCCUUGGGUGGUAAUGCCUUAGUGGCCUUUUUCAUGCUCGAAUUUGUCGUCGAACACAGCACUCAUAAAAACCAAGGUCAAUGCUUGGUUCACGUUGGAGGUGAUGUAGUCUCGGUCACGUACAUGAAGUGAUAAUCAACCCACUCGAGGUCCAAAAUAUAUCUUAGGCUAUGUUUCGAAGAAGCAAAUAUACAUCCAUUCUGUUGCAAAAGAAUAUACUCUCUACAUCCGUAAAUGAAA